CAGGAGGAUCAUUCGGAAAUUAUUCGGAUGGAGGAAUAACGGCAUUGCGGAUUUCGACGGUCAUGAACCCUCGAGAACGUAAAAUUCUAAGAAUUGACGAGUAAAAAUUCUCCAGGACUCUUCAGUAAUAAAUAGUCCUCCGUCAGUUCCCCUGAUGAUGAAUUUCAACGAUUUAAUCAUUUUUGGUAACGAUGGAGAAGGCACAGUCAACUAGCACCCCUUUGGGACAGACCCCAGAGGGGUUUGAGCUAGAUUCAGUUAUAAGUCCUAUAGAAGCAAUUUUAAAUCGAAGGACAAUGGGAAACAGGAGAACUCCUGGGGUUAACAAACCUCGACUAUCUUCGAAAGGAAAGAAGAGAACGAUCGCAUCAGUUCGAAAGCAAUUACGUUCUGAUUCUUCGGAUGAUGGGCGUAGAAAGAGGAUCUCUCCUGUCCUGAGGAAAGCCCCAAAGCUAGUCAAAUGGAAGUCGUUGAAGAAAAAAAAUGUGGAAAAUCAGAGGAAAAUGCAAAAGACGCAACAUCGUCAGGUUAGAGAGCCUGAGGUGAUUCGUGAAGCUCUCGAGCCUAUCGAUAUUAUUCAAAUCCUAGAGAAGGAGACAUUAAGUGGCCAGCGGCGUGAUAAUUUGGAUAGCACAAAAGAUACUAGACUUUUAAGCAGGGAAGAUGAUGAACUUGAUGCAGUCCAAAUACAGGGCAGGGUAACUGAUGAUGAAGACAGCGCACGAGAAAUUCCUGUGGAGGAAGAAAAUUUGGAAACGGAAAUUUUUGCAGAGAAAGAAAUUUCUCGUGAGGAAGAUAUUUCUUCAGAGAAAGACAUUUCUUCAGAAAACGAGUUUUCUCCAGUGAAAAAAAUUCCUCCUAAAACAAUGUCUCCAUCAGUUCAUAAAAAGAUCAGUCAACACCAAAUAAAUGAGCUGGACAAAUCAAAUCCUUGGAGAUCAUCCACAUCGGAAGAACUCUUUGCCCGAUUGAUUGGCGAAUCCUCUAAUAAAUCACCGAUCCUAGAUUCACCUGAUUUUUCAGACACGAUGGACUCGUCAUCAGGUCCUGAGGCGCUCACUCCCCCAGAAGAAUUCCCUCUUCAAGAACGCAUCGACGAGACUCUGCGUGAGUACAAAGUCCCCCACUGCAUACCCAAAAACCGUGGGAUCCUUGAAAAAUCGCUGAUUAAUCGGUGGCCGUUACGAAGAAAGACUCUUGAAGAAAGACGUAGAAUACAAAAGAUCGCUAGAAAAUCUUGUGCUGGAAGAUAUCUGGGGUUCUUAUCGCAUUACAGGUUCGUGUCUUAUUCAUCUCUCGGUGAAGAUUCCACUGACGAGGAAACAAUCACCGGAUUACCUCCAGGAAGAAGUAGAAGAGAAAGAAUAAAAAGGAGAAGAAAAAAUGUCAGAGGUUAUGAUCAAAGGAACGAGACUCCAUUUAAGGCCUCAGCUCCGACAUCUGAAUCUUCGAAUGAAGACUCACGAGUAGAGAACGAAGAAUCUUCUCAUCGUCAGAAAAUUAAUAUCAAAAAGAGAAAAGGGACUAACGCGGAUGAUUUAAUUGCUACAUCAAAGAAAAGAAGAACCGCUGGAAGAUUGGAGUCUUCAACCCGAAGGAUUCAAGAGGAAAUAAAAUCAUCUUCUUGUCUUGAGGAGUCAUCGGAUCAGGAAGGAAGAAGCGAAAUUGACGAAACGUCGAGUUCAUCCAUCAGACCAAGGAAAAGAAUCACAAGGCGGCUUAAAGUCUCAGACAGUGAGGAAUCCUCUAACUUCAUGAAUUCGAGAUUACAAUCUGAAUUAUUCCCAAGGAAAAAAACUGCGAUUUCAUUUAAUUCGAUGGAGGAUUGGUCGGAAUAAAGAUCACUCUUUAUUCCAACCAUCGAAUGUGCCCUCAUUCUUCUUUACUACUUUUUUUGCGAUAAAAUCUCUUUUUUUUCGUGAAGAGUUAUUCCUCUUCACGUUAGUCAUCUCUAUAAAUCUCCAUUCUUUGUUUUUCUAUUUAUUCAAAGAAAAAAAACAAUAAUUUAUUAUUCAUAUAUUUGUUGUUCAAGUAUUUACAUUUUUUCUAGAGAAGAAAUCGAUCAAGUUAUUGAACAAAUGUUCUAGUUAUUGUAUGAGAAUUUAUUUAUUC